AUGUCUGCAGUGUCAAAUAAAAAUAGAAGCAAGGCGAUGGUGCCACCAAUCAAUUGUAUCUUCAAUUAUCUACAGCAGCAGACACCAGUAACGAUAUGGUUAUUCGAGCAAGUCGGCAUAAGAAUUAGAGGUAAAAUAGUGGGAUUUGAUGAGUUCAUGAACGUAGUUAUUGAUGAAGCUGUAGAAGUGCCCGUCAACAGUACGGAUGGCAAAGAAGAUGUGGAAAAGGGUACGACGCUGGGGAGAGUUUUGUUGAAAGGUGAUAAUAUCACACUGAUAACAUCUAUAGAUUGA